UUAAUGGAAUCUUCAAACCGAUGUUAAUUUCUAUUUUUCUCAUCAUUUUUCUUUUUUGUUUUCUUAUGUUGGAUGACAGAAUGGACCAUCAGAAUGUAAUGCUGCCCUUCAGUUUGCAGUAACUACUCUUCUGGUUGAGAAUAUAUUAGUCAUUGGUCAUAGUAGCUGUGCUGGAAUUGAAACAUUGAUGAAUAUGCAAGAUGAUGCAGAAUCAAGUGUUCAUCCAUUCUCAAGAAACUUAAUACACAAGUGGGUUGCCAAUGGAGAACUUGCCAAACUGAAGACAACAGCUGCCACAGCUCAUCUUAGCUUUGAUCAGCAAUGCAGAUUCUGUGAGAAGGAAUCUAUUAACCAAUCAUUACUGAACUUGCUCAGUUAUCCUUGGAUAGAAGAUAGAGUAAGAAGAGAGUUGCUUUCUCUUCAUGGAGGAUACUAUAAUUUCAACAAUUGCUCUUUUGAGAAAUGGACCCUUGAUUUUGAAAGAUGCAAUGUUAAAGAAGAAGGGAUCAAUUAUGUUGUGAAAGAACAAGAUUUCUGGAGCUGACUUUGCUAUGCCAAGAAGCUUGAAACAUAUCAUUCAUGAGGAUGAAGUCAAAUUCAAUUGCAGUUUACGUUAUACAACUCAAUAAAUCUUAUGUUGCUAGAAAAUGAAUCAAAAACUUUAGAUGAUUGAUGUUUAAUGCAGUGUCAGCUUUUCAUGUAACAAAUCAAAAGAAGAAAAAGUCCCUAUCUAUAUAUACCAAUGUUUCUCUUCUAAA